AUGGCCCCCAAAGACCCUCUGCUGGGGACUCUUAAAGUGUGCGUCCUGAACCUCCAGUCCGGGGGCCCCGUCACCGACAGCAGCCCGCACCUGCCCUCCUGCUGCGAGCUGCUGGAGCUGGUCCUGAGGAAGGGGCUCCAGCAGCCGGUCGUCAGUCUGGUUCAGCGGGACUAUUGGCAGUGUCUGGAGCAGGUUCCUCAGCACGACACCUGCGGCCGGUUGUCUACAGUGUCGAUGGCGGUGGAGCAGACCAGAGCGUGUAAGAAGCUUCUGUCGGCUCAGGGCAGAGGUCGUUACCUGCUGCGACUGUCUCUGAGUCGAAAGAUCCUCCCUCAGUUCAUCAGGCACCUGCUGCACACGCCACGGGUCCUGGAGUGGUUCUGUCCGACUCUCUCCAUCAUCAGAAACGAGGAAUACCUGGAGCCGUUCAUGUCGCUGCUGCUGGUCCUGUCCCACAUGGACUUCACCUUAGACAUGGAGGUGUCUGACAUCUACGAGGUGGUUCCGUGUCGAGAGCUGGGGCUGGUCUUAAGGUAUCUCCACGGCCGAGUGUUUGUGUUGGAGCUGACCCCCGGGAGUCAGGCCUCUGUGGACAAGUUCAUCUGCCCCGGAGACAUCAUCGACGAGAUCAACGGCACGUCUCUGAGGAACUCCAAAAACGGACAGGACCACAACCCCCCUCAGGACCACAACCCCCCUCAGGACCACAACCCCCCUCAGGACCACAACCACCCUCAGGACCACAACCACCCUCAGGACCACAACCACCCUCAGGACCACAACCCCCCCUCAGGACCACAACCCCCCUCAGGACCACCAACCACCACAACCCCCUCAGGACCACAACCCCCCUCAGGACCACAACCCCCCCUCAGGACCACAACCCCCCUCAGGACCCAACCCCCCUCAGGACCACAACCCCCUCAGGACCACAACCCCCUCAGGACCACAACCCCCCUCAGGACCACAACCCCCCUCAGGACCACAACCCCUCAGGACCACACCCCCCUCAGGACCACAACCCCCCUCAGGACCACAACCCCCUCAGGACCACAACCCCCUCAGGACCACAACCCCCCUCAGGACCAAAACCACCCUCAGGACCACACCCCCUCAGACCACCCCCCCUCAGGACCACAACCCCCCUCAGGACCACAACCCCCUCAGGACCACAACCCCCCUCAGGACCACAACCCCCCUCAGGACCACAACCCCCCUCAGGACCACAACCCCCCUCAGGACCACAACCCCCUCAGGACUCACCACACCCCCCCUCAGGACCACAACCCCCCUCAGGACCACAACCACCCCCUCAGGACCACAACCCCCCUCAGGACCACAACCCCCCCAGCCACAACCCCUCAGGACCACAACCACCCUCAGACCAAACCCCCUCAGGACCACAACCCCCCUCAGGACCACAACCCCCUCAGGACCACAACCCCCCUCAGGACCACAACACCCUCAGGACCACAACCCCCCUCAGGACCACAACCCCCCUCAGGACCACAACCCACCCCUCAGGACCACAACCCCCCUCAGGACCACAACCACCACCCCCUCAGGACCACAACCCCCCUCAGGACCACAACCCCCCUCAGGACCACAACCACCCUCAGGACCACAACCACCCUCAGGACCACAACCCCCCUCAGGACCACAACCCCCCUCAGGACCACAACCCCCCCUCAGGACCACAACCACCCUCAGGACCACAACCCCCCCUCAGGACCACAACCCCCCCCUCAGGACCACAACCCCUCAGGACACCCCCCCCAGGACCACAACCCCCUCAGGACCACAACCUCAGGACCACAACCCCCCUCAGGACCACAACCCCCCUCAGGACCACAACCCCCUCAGGACCACAACCACCCUCAGGACCACAACCCCCUCAGGACCACAACCCCCUCAGGACCACAACCCCCCUCAGGACCACAACCCCCUCAGGACCACAACCCCCCUCAGGACCACACAACCACCCUCAGGACCACAACCCCCCUCAGGACCACCAACCCCCCUCAGGACCACAACCCCCCUCAGGACCACAACCACCCCCUCAGGACCACAACCCCCUCAGGACCACAACCCCCCCCAGGACCACAACCACCCUCAGGACCACAACCCCCCUCAGGACCACAACCCCCACCUCAGGACCACAACCACCCUCAGGACCACAACCCCCCUCAGGACCACAACCCCCUCAGGACCACAACCCCCCUCAGGACCACAACCCCCCUCAGGACCACAACCCCCCAGGACCCACAACCCCCUCAGGACCACAACCCCCUCAGGACCACAACCCCCUCAGGACCACAACCACCCCCUCAGGACCACAACCCCCCUCAGGACCACAACCCCCCUCAGGACCACAACCACCCUCAGGACCACAACCCCCCGGACCAGGACCACAGACCACAACCCCCUCAGGACCACAACCCCCCUCAGGACCACAACCACCCCCCUCAGGACCACAACCCCCCCUCAGGACCACAACCCCCCUCAGGACCACAACCCCCCUCAGGACCACAACCCCCUCAGGACCACAACCCCCUCAGGACCACAACCCCCUCAGGACCCCACAACCCCCUCAGGACCACCCCUCAGGACCACCCCCCCUCAGGACCCCAACCCCCCCCUCAGGACCACAACCCCCUCAGGACCACCCCCCUCAGGACCACAACCCCCCUCAGGACCCACAACCCCCCUCAGGACCACAACCCCCUCAGGACCACAACCCCCCUCAGGACCACACCACCCUCAGGACCACAACCCCCUCAGGACCACAACAACCACAACCCCCUCAGACCACAGGACCACAACCCCCCUAGGACCACAACCCCCUCAGGACCACAACCCCCUCAGGACCACAACCCCCCUCAGGACCAGGGGGCGGGACCAUGA